AUGGAGAGGCCCGAAGCCGGCGACGGCGAGCGCAUCUUAGACGCGACGCCUCUGGACGACGAAGGAGUUCUCACGCUCAUUGAGCUUGACUCAAAACAUCCUGUUAUCAUCACGGCGAAUACGCAGGUUCAACAAUAUCUCCUCGAGGCCGUGAACAAACUCAUCGCAGAGGUCUGCGAGUUGGAGACCUGCGGGAGGCGUCGCCUUUCGGCGAGCGCACAGGAACACGAGGCUUCCGCCGGAUCCCCAGAGAGGCAGGCCAGCGGAGGGACGGCGCGUGUGUUGGAGGCAACGGCCGCCCUGGCUGCAGAGGACAGAUCCAAGUUCGCCGAGCAAAUGAAGCAGUGCCGCAUCCUACUAGACGCCUGUAACAGCGUCGUCGUUGAUUUGGACGGCGUGGACUUCUCCGCGAUGAAAGUCAUUUGGGGCGACGAGCGUUCUGUGCGGCAGUCUAGAAAGCAUCUCACGCAGCUCGUGGAGCGCAUGUCAGAUCGCCUGGAGAAGACGAAUCAGUUUUUGAAAUCCGUUUUUGCGCGUCUGCCAAAGCUCCCGUCGGGCUCUACGUCCUCGUCUGAGUCUCCAGCGGCGUCUCCUUCGCCGGCUUUUGCGUCCGUGGUGUACUCCGCGGCCGCGACGGCAAGCGGAGAAGGCGAAGAAAGCAGCGAGCAGACAGGAGAGAAAGCGGAAAAGGCAGGAGACGCCAAAUCCCGAGAGAGCAGCGACAAGGCGGGUGAUGAGGCGCCUGAACCAGUUGCGUACGUGUCGGCAGGGCUCGUUUCUGGCAGUCUUCUCGAAGAAUCGAGCGCGGGACGAGGCAGGGGCCGUGGCGACGCGCUUGCGCCCGGCGCCGGAAGGGGUCGCGGGCUCGUCCCUGCGGCGCGGGGACGCGGUCGCGGCGUCUUGGGCGCGGGACGGGGCCGGGGCCUGGGGCCGGAGGACAGCCCGCCGUCGUCAGAGGACGAGGCCGGCGGGGCGGAGGAGGGCCUGAAGGCGCCGACUGCGGCAGGCUGGUCGGCGUCUGCGACGGCCUACUCGUUUUCGUUUUCUUCUCCCGGGGCGGCUGCCCCGUCGCCCCCCGCCGACGGAGACAAGGACCGCGCGCCCGCCGCGAGUUCCGCCGUGGAGGGCGACGACGGCGGCGAGGCGAGGCGCCUGGAAGGCCGCAAGCACGCGCGCGCGGAAGGCGAGAGAGAGGGAGGAGACUCAGGAGCGGGGGGCUGGGGCACUCGGCGGUGGAAGCGGAAGCCGGCGUCCAACGUCGACUGGCUGCUCAAAUGCCGCACGAAGCUCUGCGAGCUGAAGGAGCGCACUAUCCACAAGGCGAUCUCUGACGUCUUCAUCAAGGAUCGGACGACUCAAGAAACGAUAGAGAACAUGAACCACAACUCGAGCAAGCUGGAGGUGGUCUCCAGCAAGCCGCAGUCGGAAAUCACCGCGGACGAUCGCCGGGUCUUCAUGCGCUCAAUCGAGAGCUUCAUCGCAGGCCUGGAAAAGGCGUGUGCACUGAUCGCGAAGCAAGCGAUGAACAAGCGGCAGCUGAUGAAUCUCUUCGAGAGUGCGUGCAAAGUGGAGAAGCUUCAGACGCCCAACGAGCUUCUACAGGAAAUGAGAAGCACAGCGUCGCUCCUUCAGACUUUCGCCUUCAUGCCGCCGAGCCGAGACAGCGACUCGGACUGA